AUGUAUCUGGGAAAAUUAGUUAUUCUCAUUCUACACAUUAUUACCUGUAUUAAUCAGUAUGAAUCCACUCCACUCGAUGACUAUGUGAACGCACCUGAUCCACAUUUUGGUUGGACUGUUAUCAAGACAUAUGAAGAACCUGAUUAUACAUUGUACAUUGUCAAUUUUACUUCACAAAAAUGGAUUGAUGAAACAUUUUCUACUCGAUCAAUCUGGUGGCAUUAUUUGUGUAUCAAUGUUCCAAAUCAUCUGACCCGUUCGAAAACAGCAUUUAUGUUGAUCGAUGGUGGUUCUAAUACAGACGGUAUGCCACAACCAAACGAUGAAUCUGUUGCUUUAAUGUCGAUGUUGGCUGUGAGUACUGGAACAUGGACAUCGGCUGCUGUUGAUAGUAAACGAAUUAUCGGUGCAGUACCUAUUGUUAUGGAUUUAGUGAACCUUCAAAUUGAUGUUUUUUGGAGAGAUCUUCAACGCGCUACUGGUGGUACAUAUCUCAGACGAAUACCAAAUGCCGAACAUCAGUGUAUUGGCCAUUUGAUCAGUAUUCUUUUAACUAUGCGAAGUUUUUAUUUGAGUAUUUAUGAGAAUCAAUCACUACCUUCCUUAACAUGGAUAAAAUCAUCAAAUAAUACUCAUGGAUAUAUUCGUGCCAUUGUCGACUUUAGCAUGGGACCAAAACCAAUCAGUGCUAUUGGAUAUCGAGCUCGAACACUUGAUGAUAAACGACGUGAUUUCCGAUUAUUUAUUGCAAAUCCAAGUGACCCCGUUAAGCCAAUGGCUAAUCCAGUCUUAUGGUUCACCACUCCACUUGUGAUAGAAUCACAGACCAAUACAACAAUUAUUUAUUCGUUGACAAUCGAAAAUCCUCUAGAUGGUUGGGAAGGUUUUUUCAUUCAAGUAAAUUUUCCUGGUCCGGAUGGUUCAGUACUUGAGUUAACAAGUGAAACACAAGUUAUUCCGGAUACGUACCCAACUGGUGAUUGUCACAAUGAAGGUUGUGCUGGUACACUAGUCUAA